UCUGUCUCCCUCUCUUUUGCUCUGAGCUAUAUCCAUUAACCAAGAUGCCACAGAGAAAGAGGAGUUUCACUUUUGGAGCAUAUGGAGGAGUUGACAAGACAUUUUCCAGAGCCAGAAGUAUGUGGAAACAAGAUGGAGGAGAUCCCUGCAUCUCUAACAUGCUAGACCCAUCACUGUUCCAGCCGUCACUGCCCUACACUGGCCCUCCAUUCCUCAAGACUACUGAUUUAUUUGAAAUGAUUGAGAAAAUGCAGAGCAACAGAAUGGACGAGCAACGAUGCACUCUUCCUCCUCCUCUCAAAACCGAAGAAGACUACAUCCCUUACCCCAGCGUCCAUGAGGUUCUCGGCAGAAGUAGUCCAUUUCCCUUGAUUCUGCUGCCCCAGUUUGGGGGUUAUUGGAUUGAAGGGACCAAUCACGAGCUUAGCAAUGGGACUGUCCCAGAGCAGCUCCUCUCUCCCACCUCACGCUUCAAACUGGAGUGCAACACCACUGCUAAAAUCUACAGGAAGCAUUUUCUAGGCAAGGAACACUUUAAUUACUAUACAGUGGACAGCGCCCUGGGCCACCUGGUGUUCUCCAUGAAAUAUGAUGUUAUCGGGGACCAAGAGCAUCUUCGUCUCAUGCUCAGAACUAAAAUGAAAACAUAUCACGAUGUGAUACCAAUAUCUUGUCUGACCGAAUUCCCCAAUAUCAUCCAGAUGGCCAAGCUUGUCUGUGAGGAGGUGAAUGUGGACCGCUUUAUUCCUGUGCUUUACCCAAAGGCCUCCAGACUCAUUGUCACUUUUGAUGAACAUGUCAUCAGCAAUAACUUCAAGUUUGGAGUUAUUUAUCAGAAGUUUGGACAGACAUCAGAGGAGGAGUUAUUUGAGAAUAACGAAGAGAGUCCUGCAUUUGUGGAGUUUUUAGAAUUUCUGGGACAGAAAAUUGAGCUCCAUGACUUCAAAGGGUUUCGUGGUGGGUUGGAUGUGACGCAUGGACAGACAGGCUCUGUGUCUGUGUACCACAACUUCCAUAACAAAGAGAUCAUGUUCCAUGUGUCAACAAUGCUGCCUUAUACAGAAGGUGAUACACAGCAGCUGCAGAGGAAGAGGCAUAUAGGAAAUGACAUUGUGGCCAUCGUGUUUCAAGAAGAGAGCACUCCAUUUGUGCCAGACAUGAUUGCCUCCAACUUCCUUCAUGCCUAUGUUGUGGUGCAAGUGGAGAAUGCUUGUUCUGACAAUGUCCUAUAUAAGGUUUCAGUAACAGCACGAGAUGAUGUCCCAUUCUUUGGGCCACCCCUUCCGAACCCAGCCAUUUUUAAGAAAGGGGCAGAGUUUCAUGAAUUUCUACUUACAAAGCUGAUCAAUGCUGAGUAUGCCUGCUACAAAGCUGAGAAAUUUGCCAAAUUGGAGGAGCGCACCCGAUCUGCCCUACUGGAGACCCUGUAUGAGGAGUUGCACAUCAACAGUCAGGCCAUGAUGGGUCUGGGAGGAGAGGAGGACAAACUGGAGAAUGGAGGAGGAGGAGGAGGGGGUGGGGGCUUCUUUGAGUCUUUCAAGUCAUUGCUUGUCCCAGGCAAAAGUCCCAGUAAAUAUGGACGCCGUGGCAGUGCCAUAGGAAUAGGAACCAUAGAAGAGUCUUUGAUCAUUCCUGGAAAAAGCCCAACCAGGAAAAAGUCAGGACCCUUCAGCUCUCGACGUAGCAGCGCUAUUGGCAUUGAGAACAUCCAGGAAGUCCAAGAGAAGAGAAUUGCUGCUCUGUUGUCAGAAGACAAGACAGUGCUCUGUCUCUCUCUGCCCAGCGUCACUCUCAAGAAUGGGCGACUCAUCGUGGAUCCCUCCAAUAGGGAAUGCUCUCCCAGUAUACAGAAAACACCAGACAGUGGACAUGCCUCCCAGGACCCCAAGUCUGAAAAUUCCUCCAAUCAGAGUUCACCAGAGGCCCUCAACACUAAGAACAGCUCAACCAUGUAUUGCCGAGCUCCUUCUAUUCCUGAGGCUCAUGACCUGUCCCGCUCCUCCUCUAAUGCCAGCAGCUUCGCAAGUGUGGUAGAGGAGAAUGAAACAGAAGCCACAGAGGACUAUGACACUGGCAUGGAGAGUCUGUCAUCAGCGGGUACUCCUCAAAAGCGUGAUUCAUUUACAUACAGCAUGUGGUUGGAGGACAACAUGAGCACUGCCAGCAACAGCACGGGUAGCUCUCCUGCUCCUGCCAAAAAUCAGCAAACAGAUGAGGGAAAGAGCAAAGAUCAGAACCGUACAGACAUCCGCAUCAAGCUCGAGCGUCCGCAUGACCACAAAUCUUCAUCGAACUGCUAGUCUCACCUGCUUGAAUGCCUCAUGGACAUCCAACAACAGAAUUUCCAUAAGAAACACCAUCUUAGAGAGACAAGGCAAGCUCUGGUUGAUGAUGAAGAAGAGGAGGACGACACCAGUCAUGCUGCAGGAGUGACCGCAACAUGGCCCUGGACCACAAUCAUGUUAUCAUGCCUCCAUCAGGACACUUAAUACCCUAGCAGGCUUGACCAGAACCAAGAAGGAGUUUGUUAGAGGCAGCCAGAGACUGGCUGUUACUUUUCACUCUUCCAUCAGGCUUUUUCUUCACCUCCCUUUCAGCCUCAGUAUUGGUCUACUUUGUGUUGUCACCUGAAACCCUUGUGAGUACAUCCAUUGGUGAGUGGCUAAUCUAGCAGGCUGUAUAAGGUCCUAACACUGUGCUAUAAUUCAAUUUCAUAGAGUUUGUCUAAUAAAGGACAUUUCACCUCCUUGCGCAAAACGAGCUUUUUUUUCAGGUACGAUAUAGAGACCAUUUCUCAUAUGCUAAUAUUGAUGUUUUUUUUUUCUCCCAAUAUCAGGUUUGGAAAUCCUUGUUAUGUAUAUUAUUUUUAAUAACUUGUGUUUAUUACAGCACUGUAAUAGCUGUUUUGUCUUUAUUUAAGAGUAACAUCACUCCAGAAAUUUCUUCAGAUUUGGCAAAAAAAAAAAAAAA